AUGUUUUUAAGGCGUCCCGUCCGCCUUAGCGCCGCCUUGCACGCCUCAGACCAAAUCAGACGCCUUAGCUUGUCAGGCAGGGAAACAGAGAUUGCAGGCGGGAAAACUGACCUGGGCGGGAACACAGGCGCGGGAAACAUUGGUUCAGGUGCGACCAGUUAUGAGAAGGGGAAAGAGAGAGUGAAUCAACGCGAGAGGUCUCUCCUGUCUCCUCUCUGGACCAUUGACGGAGGCUUCCUCCUCAGAUCUGCGGCAGCCGCCAGCCUCCUCCCUCCGGCCACAGUUCCUCCCCCUCCUCUCCGGCUGCAGCUCCUCCCCAUCCUCCUCUGGCGCAACCCUCUUCCAGCAGAUCAGCACCACAUCAAACCAGGUGUACCUGCUCUGAUGGAUCUAGCCAAUGAUCCUAGGAGAAGAGCUACAUCAGAUGAUCCAGCCUGGAAGUAUGGGUUCUGGCCAGAUUUAGAGAGGAAAGAUUUACUCCAGUGUACAUUGUGUGGCAAGAUAGUCCAUGGUGGAGUGAGAAGGCUAAAGCAACACUUUUCUGGGGGUUCCAGUGAUGCGGAUAAGUGUCCCGAGGCAUCCAUGGAGAUUAGGAUAGAGAUGCACAAUUCCUUAAACACUAGAAGUUUAAAGCUAUGGAGCGAUAUAUUGAUGAGGAGGAUGAAGCUGAACUUCAAAGGCGCCGUUCUGUCAUAUACACACUGUGCGCUAUUGAAAACUAUGCUGGCCCAUACAUGAAAAGCUGGAGUAUCUCAUGCUCAGCUCCCACAAAAUAAGCAGGUUUCCAAUAUUACAUGUAGGUGAGUUUUGUCGAGUUACUCGAUUACUCUCGUUAUGUUCACAUGCUCACUUGCCUAGGACUCACGGAGCUGAGUUCGAAUAGCUCGGUGUGGUGAUUGCUGCCCUCUGUUUUGCGUCGUAGUAUGUAUGUAUAGUUAGGUCUGAAGGCUACUAAUCACUACUACCAUAUUCAUAAAUUUUAUGCUAUUCUGAAAACUUAACUUCCGUUUA